CACACACACACACAAAUACAUUCAGAGACCGCAGGAAGUCAGGAGACAAUUCUCAGGACCCUCUCAAAAUCCCCUCUCUCUCUCACACACAUAUACAACGAACAUGUCCCAGGACUUCAACAUGACCAAUGAUACUGCAGAAGUGACAACCGCGCCUGGUUACGAAGACUACUAUAGUCAGACUGGCGAUGUGUCUGCUGCACCGUGCAAAAUUGAAGACUUGAAGGACUUUAGUCAGGUCUUCCUGCCCACACUGUACAGCCUUGUUUUCAUUGUGGGGUUCCUAGGCAACGGGCUUGUGGUGUGUGUUCUGCUGCGCUUCCGCCAUAAGUGCAACUUGACGGACAUCUGCCUACUAAACCUGGCACUGGCUGACCUGCUCUUCGUGUUCUCCCUGCCCUUCUUGGCCCACUACGCCGCCCUCAGCUCCUGGCCCUGGAACGGCGCCAUGUGCCGCCUGAUGACCUGCUUCUACAUGCUGGGUUUCUAUGCCAGCAUCGGCUUUAUGGUCGUCAUGACGCUGGACCGCUACCUGCUGAUAGUCCACUCUCCCUCUAUCGCUAUGUGGCGGACACUUAAGAUCGGCAUGGUCCUGAUAGGGGUGGUGUGGGCCUUCAGCCUGCUAGCUUCACUGCCUAGUAUAAUCUUUGUAGAGGUUAAAUUGGAUGGGGAAGCAUACACUUGUACGAUGGAGUUCCCAGAGGGCUCUAUGUGGCGAUCCUUUCAGUACAUGGAGAUGAACGUCUUAGGCUUGGUCCUACCCCUCUCCAUCAUGGUGUGCUGCUACUCAAGGAUCAUCCCCACCCUCGUCAACAUGAAGACCCAGAGGAAGCACAAAGCCAUCAAGCUCAUCUUUAUCAUUGUCAUCACCUUUUUCCUCUUCUGGACCCCCUACCACAUUGUCAUCUUUCUCCACAUGCUGAAGGGACAAGGGUACUUCCUGGAUUGCCACCAGAUGCAUCAUCUCACGUUGGCCAUGAAGUGGACAGAGACCAUUGCUUUCACCCACUGCUGCCUCAACCCCAUCAUUUACGCCUUCGCCGGGGAGAAGUUCUGCCGGCUGGUGGUGAAAUUGGUGGCUCAGUGGCUGCCACGGUGCUCGGUGUCCAGGGAGACGCAUGAGCGCAGGAACUCGGUCUAUUCGCGCUCAUCAGAAGUCACCUCCAUCAAACUGUUGUAGACACCCUGUGUCACCUGCACAGGGUUAAAAAAAGACACUGUCAGUGUGUACCAUGUCUUGCCCUUUGAUGUGUGAGUCUCAAAGCUCAAAUAUGUUAUUAGAAUGCCAGUAACUGAUGGGUCUAUUAGCAUUUAUGAUACAAUGGUGAGUUCAUGGGAUCUUAGCAGACAAUUUGCAUUCUAGAUUUGUGUGGUAUAAAUCCUUCCGAAAAAGGGCUAGGGAUGACUCACGAAGCAGCUAACUUCUUCAUAAACACUCACGUCACCACACGGGGACGCUGUUGACUAUCAAAAAUACCUUACUGCAACUGUAGAGAGACAUAGGCCACUGGCUCAGAAAAGUCUC